UGCACCCCAUCGCUCCUCCCCGCCUCAAAAGGGAAGGAAAGGGCGAGCCCCGGUCCCAGCCCACCCUGAGGUGCUGCAGCCGCGCGCCACAGAGCACGGGCGAAACUCAGCGCAGCAGUGAGCAGCUCCCCCCACUGCAUUCCCUGCGAUGGAGAGCCGGCCGGUGAAGGAGCCCGAGAUCGAGCUCUUUGUCAAGGCUGGGCUGGAUGGAGAGAACAUCGGGAACUGCCCCUUCUGCCAGCGCCUCUUCAUGGUGCUGUGGCUCAAAGGGGUGAAGUUCAACGUCACCACGGUGGACAUGACCAGGAAACCCGAAGAGCUGAAAGAUUUAGCGCCAGGCACCAACCCGCCCUUCCUGCUGUUCAACCGGGAGCUGAAAACUGACUUCAUCAAGAUCGAGGAGUUCCUGGAGCAGACCCUGUGCCCACCCACGUACCCGCAUCUGAGCCCCAAAUACAAGGAGUCCUUCGAUGUGGGCAGCGACAUCUUCGCCAAGUUCUCGGCGUACAUCAAGAACUCGCGCAAGGAAGCAAAUAGCAACCUGGAGAAGGCUCUGCUGCGGGAAUUUCAGCGGCUGGAUCAGUACCUCACCACCCCGCUGCCCGAGGAGAUCGACCAGGACAGCGUGGAGGACAUCACCGUCUCCAAGAGGAAAUUCCUGGAUGGGGACCACCUGACGCUGGCUGACUGCAACCUGCUCCCCAAGCUGCACAUCAUCAAGAUUGCGGCCAAAAAGUACCGGGACUUCGAGAUCCCGGCCGACAUGACGGGUGUCUGGCGCUACCUCAACAACGCCUACGCCUGCGAUGAGUUCAGCCACACGUGUCCCGCGGACGAGGAGAUCGUGCACACCUACGCCAGCGUGGCCAGGAAGAUGACCUAGCCCCCUGCGGGCCGUCGGUCCCUCACCUCCCACCAAACCCUGGCCAAGAGAGGGGCUGGGGGGGGGGGGUUACGGCAUCCCCGCACCCCAGUUUUUGGAAAGAGCGCCUUGCUUUGCAGCCCCCACGUGCCACCAGCGCGGACCGCACCUACGGACUGGUCACCGUGUGGCUCUGGGGGCAACUGUGUCCCCACCCCUACAACCGAUCGCAUGGCACACGAUGGGAAAAGCCAAGCACCAGCCUAUAGUGGAAGAGCUGAGACCUCCCGAUGUGUCCCACCAGCGCUGGAAGAGAUGGCACGUCCCUACAGGGUCCCACCACCACCCACGCUUGGGCUGUCUCUUCCCCGAGGCAUCCAGGCCCCAGUAAGCUCUUCCCCUAUGAUUUAUCUGUGGCAAUAAUUGACGACGUGCAUCCAUCUCCUCACUUGGACAUCGGGGCGGGGAGAUGCUGGGGACAGCACCGGGGACCUGCUGGUGGCUGGGAAGGAGGGCUCUGUGGGGUCCCCUAAUAGAUCUGCAGCUCCAGGGUACAGGGACCUUGUGUCGCGCCCAGCCCUCAGCACAUGGCGCUGGCUGAGAGGUCCCACCUGGCUCUGAGACCUUGGUGGUCCCCAUAGGAGAUGCAGCCCCAAAGCCACCUCCCUGCUCCACAUCAGCCCCUCCCCACCUGACCUGGAGGGAGGCACGGGGCAGAGCAUCCUUCUCCUUUCUGCAAUGCAGCCCCAGGCAGAAGCUGCCAUGUCCUCAGGAGAUACCCGAGCAGCUUUGGUGCUGCCCGUGCUCCCUGGUUAGAGCUGUUCCUCCCAUUCCAGUGCCAGAGAAAUCAAACCCCCGACCUCCCAUCCUCCCCCCCAACACCUCCAGCUCCUCCUGGGGCUCCUGCCAACACAGCCAUCCCCCUCCAGCCCCCAUGGCCAGCAACAAAUACUGUACAGUGAGCGUGAGGGUCCUCUGCAGACCCUCGCUGGCAGAGCCACCCGCCAGCUCUCACUGCCACCUCCCUCUUUGCACUAAAAGCUGUGUCCUUGCAAGCCUGCUUCUGAUAGCACCGGGUUUGGGGACUGUUCUUUUUUUUUUAUUGAUGAGUUUUGGGUCGUUUGGUGGUUUUAUGUUUUUUGAUUUUUUUGUAACUAAGGACAGCAAUAAACUUUAUUUUAAUACG